AUGGCUCCCAUCAUCCGAGCCGUGGCUGCUCUCGCAGCUGCUACCCUCUUUAACCAGGUCACCGCGACCACCACCGAGUUGCCGCCUUGCCUCGACGCCUUCCAGCCCUUCACCUACCAGGGAUGUUUCGCUGAGAAGGGCACACAAGGCGAGAAUGCCCUCGACUUCCGCUCUGCUCUCAACCAGCAGAACAUGACCAUUGAGACAUGCGUGGACGCCUGCAAAGGUAAUAGUUACCGCUACGCCGGUCUCACCUACUACGGUGUCUGCUACUGCAGCGCGACCAUCAACAGCCCCGUCCUUGAAGAGACUACUUGCAACUACAAGUGCACUGGCAACAGCUCCGAGACCUGCGGCGGUCCCUCUGCUUUCUCCGUCUGGCAAGAUCCCACGUUCCCCUCUGGUGGUGCCACCGUCGACGACUACCAAUCCAUUGGCUGCUACACCGACGAUACCAACCAUGGCCGCACCAUCGCCGAGCGCCAGGACUCUGUUGACUCUGCCACCAUGACUCCCUCCACCUGUCUCUCCGCUUGUGCCAGCGAGGGAUACGCCUUUGCCGGCGUCGAGUACGGCGGCGAGUGCUACUGCGGUGUCGUGAUGGGCAACUACACCACCGCCACCACCAUGGACCAGUGCAACAAGCCUUGCAACGGAGACAGCACAAAGACCUGCGGUGGCUCCGCCGUCAUGGAGAUCUACGUCGCCAGCAAGCUCAUGUCCCUCGAGCCCUGCGGCUAUGUUCCUCCUGUGAACUCGGUCUCGUCUUCUUCCACCACUUUCUCCAUCAGCACUUCGGCCAGCGUCCCUUCCAUCAGCAUCCCUCCGACCACCUCCACCAGCUCUACUCUGAGCACCUCCACCAGCUCUAUUCUGAGCACCUCCACCAGCUCUACUUUGAGCACCUCAACCACCGUCUCUACUCAGGCUCCCGGUACCUCCACAGCCGUUUCUUCCCAGGCUCCUCCUUCCACUACCACCACCCCGCCUGCUACUACUUCUCGGCCUCCCGUCACCACUUCUAAGCCUCCCACAACCAUCCCCACCACCACUGCUCCCGCUAUCUGCACCACAACCAUUGUGACUCCCGCCACUUGCGAGUACGGCUGCGGCAGCUGGUGCAAUAAGAACCUCCCCGACUUUGACGACAAUGAUAGCUGUACCAAGGCUCACAACAGCUGCAAGCUCCAGGUCAGCGCCUGCCUGAAGAAUGCUGGAUGGCCCGGCUCCGCCAGCUGCAUGGACUUCAAGGCCUGGUGUAGCGAUGUCAGCAGCUACUGCUCCAGCUCCUGCAAGGGCAAGGGAUCCUGCUCCAAGAAGGACUGCUUCGCUAAGAAGGCCCCCAAGGGUUACAAGCCCGGCACCACCUCCGUGUCUACCUUCCCUUGCCCGUCUAAGCCUACCACGACGUCUACUCCGGUUACCACAAUUGUGCCUCCCCCUCCUACCGGCGUCUGCAAGCAGCCUUCCAGCUGGUGGUUCGGAUAUGGUCCCGGCAACCCCGUCGGUGGUAUCGAGAUCCCCAUCGUCACCUGCAAUGACAUCGCCGCGGACUUUCAGGCCGGCAACCAGUUCAAGUUCUACCUUCAGGCCGACACCAAGCUCUGCAAGUCCUUUGGCCGCGGCAGCGUCCCCAGCGUUUGCCAGGAUGCCUGCAAGGAGCAGUACAACGCGUGUCAGAACACCUACGCCCAGGGUUGCAAGACCUACAACAAUCGCCGCGGUCGCCGUGACGACGCCGCCGUGUACGCUCGCGCUCCCGACUUUGCCAAGCGCUGGUUCUUCUCGGAUAACUUCAGUGUCGCCAUCAACAAGUGCACUGUCCAGUAUACCGACUGCCUUUCCGAGAACCGCAACUCCUACGCGGCUAGUAAGUGCGGCUCUUUCGGCACCGGCUACUAG